AUGCCAACGCUCAUCUUGGGCAAGGCCAAGGUCCAAGCAGUCAGUAACGCGGGGAGUAUCUACAAGUACUUCAACGGCAAUCUCGCCUUCUGGGAUACUUUCCCAAAGGAUGUACUUGAAUUCUUUGAAGAUCCACGAAUCGUCGACGACAUGGAGCGUUGCCAGCACUUGCCAAUCAGCCCCGACCCUGAGACCGAGAAAUUCAACAAACACUUCACCACGAAGGAAAAUAUGACUUGUGGCGGGGAAAUCACGCUCUCUGGGCGCUUCUAUCAAAACGCGCUCAAGCAAGUCACCGCAGUAGUUCAGACUCUCUCUGACCCAGAAUAUGGUGAAAGCGAUCAUGGCCCAUGGCUGCCAUACGACCUGACGUUCGGAGAUUCCUGGAUCAUCAACAGACCACAGCGUGUUGCAGGCCGGGAGCCAGAUGUCGUGCUGAAACUUCAAAUCGAUGGAGAGCAGGUACUUCGCUUGGUUGGUGAGCUGAAGUUCUGUGGGACUGUGGAUCUGGAGGCGAUGAUUCACGAGGCGCUGAUCGACGAAAGGACCAAUUUCGUUGGUAUUCUCGAUUACAUGCUUUCUCAUCGAUUGAAGUAUGGCUUCAUCUCCAACUAUGAGAGUACUACAAUUCUCUGGCUUGACUAUAACACUGACAAGCAAGGCAUUAAACAAGCUUGUGUCUACUUUUCCCCUUCCAUCAAGCAUUCUGAUGAUGGCAAUUCAGGCAAACUGAAGGUAAGCCUGAGAAUGGCGCUAUUCUACUUGUUCCAUAUGACCAACUCUGAUGAAGAGCAAGCUUGGAAGAUCGAUGAGACAUACCGGAAAUCGACGAAGUUUUGGAUUGUUCCUCGCGUCCCAACAAAAAGGGAAUUGCUACCGUCACGUAGUCAGACCGGUUCAGCUGCUCCAAAUCGACAAGCGCCCUUCAGAACACCAUUGAACACCCGAGCAGCUCCAUACAAUUUCUCCCGAAAUACAGCAGGUACACCACCGCGCAGCGCGUUCCGAAACUCCAUACUAGACGGCAACAAUGGCUCGUCGUCGCCUCCUUUUGAGCCGGAUACACCAUCGGGGCCACCCAGGCAACGCAGUUGA